CGUGGAGCUUGCUGUGUCUGUUUUUCACCAAUCUUGCUCUCUGGCCAUCAAUUUUUAUCGCUGCCGGGACAACUGUAUGGGAAUCAAACAGAGAACGUGGCAACAGAGGGUGCUGAUGAAGAGAGAGAGACAGCGCAGUUCAUUCAAUAAUGCGGGUGGAGAAUCUCCCAUGGCCUCGUAUCUCUAUCUGCGUUAGUUUACCAUUGCAAAAAAACCUAGAGUUCUUCAUCAGGCUGCUCAAGACACGACUGUUAUAUUUUAGAAGUACGGAAGAUCGUUCCACGUAUGCUCAUAAAGCUCCUGCCGGAAGCAAAUAACUAAAAGUUUAUUACUCUGUUAACUUCCAGUGACGCCGGAGUGACGAAUUGAGAAUAGUUCCCUUUCCCUGUCGGUAGCGAGUGCAGUUGAUAUUUAUUUUCCCGAGUUAUUUGACUCCUUGUUGAGCCUAGCUGGUGAGUUUGGCUGAGUUCUGGCGCUUGUUCGGACUACCGUUCGGAGGUGCUGUUGUGGAAUUGGACAAGCUCUAAUUAUUUCCUGGUGUGGUGUGCGGUAUCGGCAUCUUAUACAUUGGUUCGCGGGGAUUGGUCAUGGCCAUGAUUAUUUUGCCAUGCUUUGGCUAGUUGUAACCUUGCGAUGCAUUGUGUUUGUGGUGGAUGGGAGUGACUUGAUCGGUGGAGCGUUGGUAUUGUAAUUCAGACGAGGCUUGCUCUGAGGCUUCCUCAACUUCGUUAGUCUCUAGAAGUAGCACACGCAGUUCGGAUCGAUUUUUUGUAGAUCCAUCAGCGAAUCAUAGCUUUCAGCAUAGAGGAUCAGUUUCUACAGCUACCCAGCCAUCACUGUGAAUUCUUCGUACGCAGAAGAACCAUCUUUUGUACCGAAUCAUAGCUUUCAGCGUAGAUGAUCAGUUUGUGAAUUCUUCGUGCGCAGAUACUUUCGUGUUUUUUAUCCUUUCUUGCUACUGAAGACUACCAAGAUUGUGUUGCAGCUGUAGUCACUCUUGAUUUGCCCAAGCUUGAGUGGUAUCCAUCCGAGAGAUGCUGCCGAAUGAAGAAUUUUCUCCUCUCGAUGAUGUGUAGAAAUGAUUUUAUCAGUGUCAACGUCACCAAUAGUGAGUUUGAUUGGUGCUGUAUGGCCCGAAGCAAAUCAUCACAUGAAUCUUCUUUUUGAAUGAUAGGAUUACUUGAACUGGCAUUAAAAAUCGUUUUUUAGCAAGACUGCUAGUUGAGUAAGACACUACUGACAACCAUAGCGAUGUCGAAGUCGAACUCUAGAUCAGGAGAACGAGGAAGCUCAUCGACAUUCAUCAUCAGAUGGUCGGUGUUCUUAGGGUUUUUAUUGAUCGCGAUUUGGGUUUUCAUUGCUCCAGCGCCAGUUUCGGAACAGCCCUUUAGCGCAUAUGUUCCCACGGAACUUGUCGAUAAACUUUUGAACACGACGGCAAAGAAAGAGACUUCGAAAGAGAGCUUAACGAUUCAUGUUACCGGCGAGAUCGAAGAGCAUGCUGCGGGGGGAACUGCGGCAGGAGAGAUGGAAGAUACCCCUGGGCUGGAUGAAACAGGUCUAAUUCCUGACACCACACCAACGCAAGCGAAGUUGAUUGAGGAUAAAGAAGAAAGGAAUCAGACAGAUUUCGAGUUAAAUACCGCGCAGUCAAAGGAAAAAAAGGUGGUUGGCUCGGAAACCUCAGUUGUAAAGACAAAAACUUCAACAGAUUCCAAGGUUGUGGUGGAGGAGGAUGGCAGUAGGAUGAGGACUUGGAAGCUUUGCAAAUUCGAAGAUGCUCAGGAUUUCAUUCCUUGCCUGGACAAUGAAGCAGCUGUCAUUAAGUUAAAGUUUCGCAACCACUACGAGCACAGAGAGCGCCAUUGUCCUUCCGAAGAGGAUCUUCCCAAGUGCCUGCUACCAUUGCCUACAGGCUACAAGGUUCCGAUCAAUUGGCCCACUAGCAGAGAUCAAAUAUGGUUGAGCAACGUUCCUCACACGCAAUUGGUGUCCUACAAGGCGGAUCAAAAUUGGGUGAAGAUAUCGCCGAAUCGGCAGAAGCUCGUAUUCCCUGGUGGAGGCACCCAAUUCAAGCUGGGGGCAAAGCACUAUAUUGACUUCCUUCAAAUGGUAGAGCCUGAACUUGCGUGGGGCAAGCACACACGAGUAAUUUUGGAUGUGGGCUGCGGCGUUGCCAGCUUCGGUGGUUAUUUGUUUGACGAGAAUGUGCUGGCGAUGUCCAUAGCACCGAAGGACGAGCAUGAAGCGCAGGUGCAAAUGGCGCUUGAGAGAGGCAUUCCGGCAGUUUCCGCUGUGAUGGGCUCUCAGAGGCUGGUUUUCCCGAGCAACGUCUUUGAUGCUGUGCACUGUGCCCGGUGCCGCGUUCCAUGGUAUAUGGAUGAUGGAAUCCUUCUCCUAGAGUUGAACCGUGUUCUGAGACCGGGAGGAUUCUUUCUGUGGUCGGCAACUCCCAUUUAUCUGAAGGACGAUGAUAAUGCACGAAUCUGGCGAGAAACGAUCGCCGUGAUAGAAAGAAUGUCGUGGAAGUUGGUCGCUAAGAAGAAUGACCCAAUCACGAAGAUCGGAGUUGCUGUAUUCCAGAAGCCGAAAGACAAUGAUGCAUACAAUCUCCGGGAGUUUGAUGCCACUCCACCGUUCUGUGCAUCUGAUGACAAGAUCGAUGCAGCUUGGUACGUCCCACUGAAGGCUUGCAUACACAAAAUUCCGACCUCAGACGAUGCACGGGCGAAAAUCUGGCCGGCGGACUGGCCUAUCCGUGUGGACUCAACACCCUCGUGGCUCAGCACCACCGAGACGGGCAUCUACGGCAAGCCCCUCGCUGAAGACUAUCAAUCAGAUUCAGACCAUUGGAAGCGUAUCAUAGCGAAGUCCUACUUACAAGGAGUUGGCAUUAAGUGGAACUCCAUCCGCAACGUGAUGGACAUGAAGGCCGGCUACGGAGGGUUUGCAGCCGCGCUUGUGUCACAACCCGUGUGGGUGAUGAACAUAAUCCCUGUGACGGAGCCCGAUACUCUUCCUAUUAUAUACGACCGCGGCCUCAUCGGAAUGUACCACGAUUGGUGCGAACCCCACAGCACAUAUCCCCGCUCCUAUGAUCUCAUGCACGCCGACCAUCUGUUCAGCUCUCUUUCGCAGAACUGCAGCACUGUUAAUCUGGUACAGGAGAUGGACCGCAUUCUCCGUCCUGAUGGCUGGGCCAUCUUCCGCGACACAGUGGAAGUGCUACGCGGCAUAGAAGACAUUAUCAAAUCUCUUCACUGGGACAUCGUCCUCUCAUACAUGCAGGAUCAGCGGAAUCUCCUUGUGACACAGAAGCGAUUCUGGCGCCCCGAGAUUGAAUCCCCCAACUAGGAAUGCGCACACAAUUCUCUCAAUGGACAUGAAACUGGGCUCAUGCUUGCAAAAGUCUAGUCUCAAAGCGAAACUGGGAACGGCAAAAAAUUUCGUCACUGUACGCUGCGACAUCUCCCGAAUUCUAACCUCCAGUCCACUCGCACGUCAAGACUGCUCGUCGACGUCAAAGGUUUCUGUUUAGCGUGUCUAGUGGUACGGAGCUUACCUCGGGAAUCAGCUCCCUUUGUGGAUGGAAAAUUUGAAGGAUCCGAUCGUGUAACACGUCUUGUGGAACCAACUGAUCUCGGAAUGCAAGAACAUCAGAUCGGAGAUGGCUAGUUUCAACGUCCUUAAACCCAGUUCUCACUGUCACAUUGUUUGCAUGCAUGCUCUGAUCAUUUAAUCUUUCACGAAUUCCAACUUGUUUGUACUUGUUCAAAACAUUGCAAAUCUGGAACCAGCCUUCUUAGAUGAGGACUGAUGGAUUGAGGAUUUAGUUGUGGAGACCAUUGUUGUUGAAUGGUCUCUGCAGCUUGUAGACUUAUUGUUAUGAACAUCUAUUCCAAGGAUGUUCAGUGGACUGGGAAGCCGAGCAAGACAUCAAAUUGAUGUUUUUGAUAUGUAGCGUCUUGGUGAAGAAUCAUAUGAGAUAAUAUAUGAGCACUGCCAUUUUGAGUAACUCAAAAA